AUGCCGUCGAAUCUACCAUACGCCGCAGACGCAGAAAGCCCUCUCAAACCGGCGGAACUACAAGUUCUGCGCGCCCAGUACGAGAAGGAAGGCGAGUAUGUUGGGGUACAGACGAAAUUCAACUAUGCAUGGGGUUUGAUCAAAUCGAACCAGCGAAGCGAGCAACAACUUGGUGUUCAGCUACUUUCUGACAUUUUCAAAACGACUCCUGAAAGGAGAAGGGAAUGCUUAUACUAUCUGGCGUUGGGAAACUACAAAUUAGGGAACUAUGCUGAAGCGAGGAGAUAUAACGAGUUGUUACUAGACAAGGAACCAGGAAAUUUACAGGCCGCCAGCCUGCGCCAACUGAUCGAUGACAAGGUAUCAAGGGAGGGUCUGAUGGGUGUUGCAAUCAUUGGCGGCGUCGCUGUUGCUGCGGGCAUCGUUGGAGGCAUGUUAAUGAGAGGGUCGCGAAAGAGGUGA